AUGGCUCAGGAGCUGGCGGCAAACAACAUCCACUCGAUGACGCAGGGCCUCUUCACGAUGUACGCCUGCAUCCGCUGGGCGCCGGACGUGUCGUUCUGGCCUCUGGCGCGCGACGAGCUGGCCAGCGACCAGCUGCCCGCCAGCUCCGGGAGUGCCGAUGGCGACCCAGUGUUGCUCAUGGCACGCGCGGUGGAGCGCGGGCACUUCAUCCCGCUCCGCUGCUCAGAGAACGUCGGCGUGUACGACAAGAAGGACUCCGAGGGGAGCGUCUACCCCACCUUCGAGGCCAGGCUUGGAGGGAUGGCGGACUUCUUCGCCGAGGAGGUGGGGAAGGCCUUUGACUCCCGUGCCAAGGUCGUCGAGGCCAACCAGCCGUUUGACGGCUUCUGGACGAGCAAGGAGACAAAGCGGCAGCGCUGGUAUGAUCUGCUCAACGAGACCAAGCUGUUCAACGGCGCGGCCGUUGCCAGGCGGACCGAGGAGUGCCGGAGCGUCUCCGACAGGCUCCUGGAGCUUGAUGUCCAUGGGGCGUCCGCCGAGCAGCUCUGGGGCAACUGCGGCUUCGUGAAGUGGUGGGCCCCGAAGCUUCAGACAUACCUGCAGCGUUUCCCGUUCCAGGCUUUCCUGGCGGGGAAGACUGGCGGACAGGUGCCGCCAGGGCAGAGGGUCCUCUUCUGCUUCGGCAAGCGAGUCUCUGGGGAGCUGCACCGGCGCACCGACGGCUCCCACAUCCUCACGGACAUGAACGGCGUGGGGUGCCACGGCUUCUGGGACUACCAGAAGGCGGGGGCCAUGCUCGAGCGCAUCGUCAAGCUGUGGGCCCCGCCGACGUGUCAGCUCACCGAGCUCGAGCUGAAGAUGAAGACCCGCACGCUCGAGAUGUUCGACGAAAUGAACAAGCGGAUGUUCGAGGCCAUGCCCGCGAUCAUCGCCAGCGAACAGUUCAGCGUCGCCAACCCCAGCGCAGAGGAAGCCGCGGGCGCGUCCGGACUGUUGGCGGGGGGCAAGUGGGUAUUCAACAAGAUGUCGGCGUUGUUCAACACGUACCAGUCCUUGGCCAGGAUCAUGAGCGGUUCAGUGAUGAAGUGGUCCGUGUGUCCAGUGGGCAACGCGACUGGAUUGGACCGGAAGCUGGGCAGUGAUGACCUCGUCGUGCAGAAGUACACCCAGGAGGCCUACGCCCAGUGGGGCGGCAAGAACCGCACGCUCCCAGGAGAGGAUUGUGCGGCGACGACGGCCCUGGGAGGACCUGGCGACCAGCGCUGCGCCAUCGGCACUGUGCGCUCGGACUACCCCGAGAGAUACAAGGGCGUGAGCUUCGCCUGCCCCGCGCUGCCCCCCCUGCCGGCCGCCGCGCAGCUGACGGUGCUGAAAGACGCGCACGCCACGAAGUGCUUCCUGAGGGCCACGCAGGCGCAGCUCGGCGGCGACGGCUGGCACUACAUGGGGCUCCGCCCAACGGAGGUCCAGCACCAGGCCCGAGAGCACGGCCCGACCGAGCAGAUGGAGCUCGUCACCGUCGUGCAGAGGCGCAGCAGCCUCGACGAGCUGGGCAUCUCCCGCGACUGGGUGACCCUCGGGCGCGCAUGCACCUACGAGGUGCGGAAGAAAUACUCCCGCUGGUGCUCGAAGCCGGCGGUCUUGAACGCGGCAACGCUCGGCUCCGGUCUCGCCGACAGCCUGGCUGGCGCGGCGGACUCGCUCGCUGGCCUCGCCGGCAGCGGGGGCAACAACGACCGCUACGGAUGGGGCUCCUGGCUCCACCGCACGAUCCUCGGGGCGGGCACAAGCUUGGGCAGCGCUCUGCACGGCGCGGCGGCGAAUGCUGUGCAGGGCCUUAGCGCGAAGGUUCAGAACCGGCGCGCCCGCAUCGAAAAGGCUCGGCUCUACCCGUCCAUCGAGGCGGGGGAGGCGCUCUGGGGCAUGGCCUUCCAGACGGCGGAGGGAGGCGGCGGCUCGCGGGAGCAGUUCGGCCGGUGGGUGCUCACGGUGCCGUGCGACGGCGUGGACGUGGAAGAGGAGAUCGAAUCUGAGUUUGCUUGGGGCGAGGUGGCUUUGGAGGUGCUCGGAAGAGCACGGAAGGCUGACCCUAGCAAGACCGUGCCCCACCCGUUGACCCUCUCCGUGCGCACGGAGAUCGAGCUGCAGAGUGGCGCGCACAUGCGCCGCGAGACUCACGUGGCGUGGCGUCGGGGCGCGGCGGGGUGGACCAGGUCCAGGAGCAGCAGCCUGGUCUACGUGCGAAGGCUAUUCGAGGUCGCCGCCCCCUCCUACUCCUCGACGAUGCCGGAGGCCUACGGCGCGGAGAUGAAGUACACGUGCGGCCCCCGCGGCAGCAUCUACGGCGGCCAGGCCUCGGGCUCGGACUUUGCCGCGUGCGUCCGGGGCGGGGCAGAGCAGGCGAGGGUCCGCGACAAGGCGAGCGGGAAGGACGAGGCCGAGCUGAAGAGGCUGCAGGCGGAGAUCGACAAGCUGAAGAGGGAGCUCGAGCCCCUGCAAGAUGCCGCAGACAACGCAGACGAGAAUUCGGUCGAGGAGGCCCAGGCUAAAGCUGACGAGACGGCGCGGAGCCUCCAGAUCACAGAGAACAAGCUCGCCGAGCUGCUGAGCGGCCGGCCGCUGACUCUGAAGGAGUACGACGACGAGAUCGUCGUGCGCGUGGACUUCCAGCCCUUGCCCCACUGCGAGUUCAGCCCUGGGUCGCUGCGAGAAAUUAGCAACCCGGCUGCGGGCGAGAAUGCCACCUACUCCGAGAAUGCAAACGCUCGUGCGGCCGCGGCCAUGAUCCGUCGGGGGCAGGCCUGCACGACCGUGGACACACUCCACGGAGAUACGUUCCUGUUCGAUAACUACGUCGCAGGCUCGUACACGGGCGCGGAGACCCCCAAGAACACGCGCCGCGAAGUGAUCUUGUCUCCCGUGGAUGUGCUCGCUUGGCUUGGCGACCCCUGA